AUGACAGUAGGUAAAGAGGAAGAAUCAAUACCCCAUAGUUCAUCAUUUGAUAAUAAAAUGGAAAAUGAUAGUGAUAGUGAUGAAGAAGAUUCAAUAGAUUUAGAUCAAGAGAAUGAAAAAAUAAUUCCAAAAUAUAAAACAAUUGGAAAAGCAUUUCUAUUAGCAGCAAUAGUUGUAGCGAUAUUAGUAGUUGUACUACCAACUACAUUAAUUGAUAAAGUUCAAUUAAAGACUGACGGUGUAAUAUUUAGGGUGGCAUUUGGUAUAUUUAUGUUUUGCUUAUUUUUAUGUUUAUUAUUUAUAUAUUCCCUCAGUCAGUCAGUGGCUUGGGAAGAGCCAAACCUAAACGAUAUUCAUCUUAAUUUCACAAAUAUAACGAUUAUAGCUGGUAUUAUCAUUGAAUUUAUUCAAAUUUGUUCAUUCUCCUUCAACUCUUUAUCAGAGUUUACAGGUUCAGAAAUUUUACGUUACUUCAAUUAUGUGGCUGUUCCAUUUGCACCUGGAAUUAGUUUUCGUGUAAUUUAUUGGAUUAUGUUUGUGCUUGCUUUCUCUCCUUAUAUUUUCGUUGUCACUGUUAGAUUAAUUUUACAUUUUAUGACUCGUAAUUAUGGUGAAAAUUAUACAUCAUCAUUUAUUUCAAAAUAUCAACAAAAAAUUUAUAGUGUUCUAUGGUUUUUGGUUAAUACAAUGUAUUUACCAGUUAUAAGUACAAUGUUUGGUGGUGAAGACUGUACAAUUAAAUCCGAUUCCGAUUCUUCAACAGCAACAUUAGAUAGUGACCCAAAUAUAAAUUGUUUUAAAAAUAUUCAUAUUCCAUUUAUGAUUUGUUCAUUAAUUGCUCUUGUAAUGUAUUAUCCAGCAGCUUCUUUUGCUCAAUCUCAAACUCAAAAUAUUAGUGAUAUUAAAUUUAAACCAAGAGUUGUUUUUAUUUUUGCUCAAUUAAAAGUAAUUUUAGCAGCAGUAACACUUUUUGCAACAACACUUAUAGAAUUUUAUCUUGGAGCAGUACUUGCAGUAAAUAUAAUAUUCAUGGGUAUUAAUAUUGUAUUGAAGCCAUGUCUUGUAAAUUGGGUAAAUAGAUUGAGAUCUGUUUUAUUUUCUCUAGCGUUAGCAGCAACUGUAUGCUCUUGGAUUGCAUAUGGUGGUGCUCCUAAAAUUGCUCCUUUAAUAUUAUUAAUCGUCAGUUGGAUAGCAUUGGCAAUUCUAUUCUAUUUAUUCUAUAAAUUCGAACCCACCUUAUCCGAUACUUUAACUUCGUUGGGUUUAAAAAAAAAUAUAAUCAAUAUAAAUAAUAAUAACAAUAAUAAUAAUAGAAAUUCAAAAGAACAAGAAUUAAAUAAGGUUUAA